AUUAGAUGAAUAGUGGGGAAAAAACGUUUAUUGACUGGCUUUGCUGUUUUCAGAGACAUGUGUUUUGAGUUUUGAGAGAGAUGCGGAGUUUAAAGAUAUAUUUUGUUAUUUUGGUCAGUAUUCUGGUGAUCAAUAUAUUAUUUGUGAGUCUUUUAAGGAACCUUCAACUAUUUGUGGGUUCUGACUAUAUUAGUACUUCGAUAUGUUUGGGCCUCAUACUUUUGUGUGUGCCUUGAUGGUCGUUUACAUAGACUAAUACUGUCAUCGUAAUAAGUUUAAAGCAGAACUGACUUGAUUUAUUUUAAGAUGUAACUAUUACGAAAUAGCACGAUUUGUUGUAACAAAUAAUGUUCUCUAUUUUCAUUUUCAUAUAUUUGGUUUUGGUUCGACACGUUUAGGUAGUGGUGUCGGUGGCGGACAUUUCUAGAGCCACUCCUCAAGGUGGGUCGUGACAAUAGUUAUCAAUGAAAUGUCAUUUGUUGAAAUGUUAUCAUUUCACAUAGUUCUCUAUUUUACCCGUUACAAAAAAAAAAUAAAUCAAUAACAGGUGUUAACAUAUCGUUAUUAAUGAACGUGUUUGACUUAGGCUGUACUCGGUAUUUUUCAUAAAUGUCGGCAAUUUUUGCUGUUGCUUGAUGCCAUAACGGUCAUUAACAACGUGAAUUAUCACUGGCUGCAACUACCACUACAAAAAGCAGAGUAAACUAACAACCAUGACACAAAAAUAUACGUUUGGAGGAACUGUCAUUGUUUCUCCACGUUUUCAGAAUGUAUUUACUCAGAACACUCGGAUUCUGAUCAAAUUGGCUCUCAUUUAUGCUUUAUCGAAGAUAUUAACUUUUGAAUAAUGAUUGGACAUAAUUCCCUAAACAUCUUAUCUUCUUUAUCUUCUUUACUAAAUGUUCAUUCAAUUGUAAGCAUUGCCUUGUCUUUUCUUUAAAAAUAAUGGCUACUGCAUAUAGAAGUCAUGUUAUCACUAUAUUUAUGUUUAUAAUGCAAAUUUAUCCUCUUUAUUUUUUAUUCCAUUGCAUUGUAGACUUGGAGUGCAAGAUAAGUAUGUCAAAAAACCCCGAAAGUGAUGUCUGUGGCAAGUUGCAGUGUUACAUAAAAAAACUGCCCGAAGGUGUGAGAUCGAUCCUCGCCAUCAAAAUAUAUGACGUCACAGACGACGGAAGCAUCCUAUUGGCCACGGUAACCGGCAUCUCCGUUAGAGCAGGAGAAUCGGUGAUGUCUCCGCUAACGAAGCUAGAGCUUGCUUUAACACAGAGAUCCCAUUGCGACCGAGGGUCGUUCAAGUUUCAACUGAAUUAUGUGAACGGUGAGGGUGAUUUAGAUGUGGAAGUGAUUCUCGUCAAUGCAGACUCGCCUCCUGAUGAUCCCAUGAAAGGCUGGACUUUGGCUUUCCGUGGGACGGCUAAUACCAACAAGUCAGUUUACUAUGCGUACACAACCAAACAAGCCAGUGACCUGUCCGUUGAGCCAGGCUGUAAACAAGUGAGAAUUCAAAGACUCCAAAUAAAAUAAAGCUGUUUAAUUAACCUAAAUGCAUAGACGAGCCCCUCCAAUAAAGUUAAUCAGAUUCAGUAAAAGAUUCACAGUGUAGGCAACCAAACACAGUGUAGGCAACCAAACACAGUGUAUGCAACCCAACUAAGUGUAUGCAACCCAACACAGUGUAUGCAACCCAACACAGUGUAUGCAACCCAACACAGUGUAUGCAACCCAACACAGUGUAUGCAACCCAACACAGUGCAUGCAACCCAACACAGUGUAUGCAACCCAACACAGUGUAUGCAACACAACACAGUGUAUGCAACCCAACACAGUGUAUGCAACCCAACACAGUGCAUGCAACCCAACACAGUGUAUGCAACCCAACACAGUGUAUGCAACACAACGCAGUGUAUGCAACCCAACACAGUGUAUGCAACCCAACACAGUGUAUGCAACCCAACAUAGUGCAUGCAACCCAACACAAUGUAUGCAACCCAACACAGUGUAUGCAACCAAACACAGUGCAUGCAACCAAACACAGUGCAUGCAACCAAACACAGUGCAUGCAACCAAACACAGUGCAGGCAACCAAACACAGUGCAGGCAACCAAACACAGUGCAGGCAACCAAACACAGUGCAGUCAACCAAGCACACUGCAUGCAACCAAACACAGUGCAUGCAACCAAACACAGUGCAUGCAACCAAACACAGUGCAUGCAACCAAACACAGUGCAUGCAACCAAACACAGUGCAUGCAACCAAACACAGUGCAUGAAACCAAACACAGUGCAUGCAACCAAACACAGUGUAGGCAACCAAACACAGUAUAGGCAACCAAACACAGUGUAUGCAGCCAAACACAGUGUAUGCAACCCAACACCACUCUUUGUUGUGGUUUUAUUUUUUUGCGUAUUGUAAUUUCUAAAAAACUAUUCUCUAUUCCCCAGGUCACGUCAGCCCUACCUUGUACCAACCAUUACAGAAAUGACCAAGUUCUUGAUAACUGGGCUAACAUCAACGAAGUGGCUUUUAUUGUUUACAAGAACAACAUCGAGGUCAGACGUGUCGUGUUUGACGGAAAAGGCACGACCAACUUGAACUGGUUCAGCAGAGACAGGAUCAAAACUUCCAGUUGGACGGAUUUAAAAACGGAAUCUGCAAACUACUUCAGCAUCGAUGGGUACCUUAACAAUUUUGAAAAGACCUAUUGCAAUCGGCGAUUUUUUAUAAAUCAUGUUUUUGAUUCGUGUCCGGGAGACUCGGGUUGGUUCGUAGCUAUAGAUGAUAAAACACUUGUCUGCUGCCCGUGGGAGGCCUACCCCGCAUUUCCGGUGUUUAAAUACUCCAGAGGUGACCGAUAUACCAAUUGGAGCAAUGGAGAUUUUGAUGUAGCGGACGUCAUUGCUGUUUUCGUACGUUAGGAAUAAAAAGGCUUU